GUCCUCCUCAACAGCAGACUCUUCUCCGCCUUCAGUCCAAGAUGACGUCCAGCAGCAGGUACCGGAGCCGCGCGCCUCGUUCAGAUGAUGGGGAGGCGAGGCGGGUUUGGGGAAAUCCACGCUGGUCAACAGCCUCUUCCUCACCGACCUGUACAAGGAGAGGAAGCUGCUGAACGCUGAGGAGCGCAUCAAGCAGACGGUGGAGAUCACGAAGCGCACGGUGGACAUCGAGGAGAAGGGCGUGAAGCUGAAGCUCACCAUCGUGGACACGCCCGGCGUCGGAGACGCCGUCAACAACACCGAGUGCUGGAGGCCCGUCACAGACUACGUGGACCAGCAGUUCGAGCAGUACUUCAGGGACGAGAGCGGCCUGAACAGGAAGAACAUCCAGGACAACAGAAUCCACUGCUGCCUGUACUUCAUCUCCCCGUUCGGACAGGGGCUCCGCCCGAUAGACGUGGAGUUCAUGAAGGCUCUGCAGGAUAAAGCCAACGUGGUUCCCGUCAUCGCCAAAGCCGACUGCCUCACUCCGCUGGAGAUAAAGAAGUUCAAAGAGCGGGUGAGGGAGGAGAUCGACAAGUACGGCAUCAAGAUAUAUCAGUUUCCUGACUGCGACUCCGACGAAGACGAGGAGUCCAAGCAGCAAGACAGAGAGCUGAAGGAGAGCAUCCCGUUUGCUGUGAUCGGCGGGAACACAGUGAUAGAGGUCCGAGGUCAGAGAGUGAGGGGGCGCCUGUACCCGUGGGGCGUGGUGGAGGUGGAAAACCCGUCUCACUGCGACUUCGUCAAGCUGAGGAACAUGCUGAUCAGAACGCACAUGCACGACCUGAAGGACACCACCAACGACCUCCACUACGAGAACUACCGCGCACAGGCCAUCCAGAACAUGACCAGUAAGAUGAAUGCAGACCAACGGGUCGAGAGUCCGAUUCCCAUCCUGCCGCUGUCCACGCCAGACGCAGAGACGGAGAAGCUGAUCAAGAUGAAGGACGAGGAGCUGAGGAGGAUGCAGCAGAUGCUCCAGAAGAUGCAGCAGCAGAUGCACGAGCAGGACCUGUGACCCGUCUGCGCAGCCACAAACCCACCGAUGACGGCAUGCUUUCAUUUCUACGCAGUCUUUAGCCAAGAGUCUCGUUAGGCAAUAGAGUAGCUUAGAGCACAGGACGCCGACCUUCUGCUUUCUACUGGAAACGGAGAAACGGAAUCGUCUGCUGUCCUGCUGGAAAUUUACACAAAAUGAAGAAAACGCUCCAAAAAAUUUUAAAAGUGCCAAACUUUUUCAAAUUCAGCUCAAAAGUUAUUUAAAUCAAUAUUUUCUUUCAUUUGUGGAGUCUUUUCUGAUACAAAGAUACAAAAACAUGUUUUCCCAGCUUUUACAUUUUUACAAACCUGCAUCUUAAAGUCACACUCACAAGUUUACACAAGUUUACACUCUUCAAAGAGUAAGUAGUGAUUAGUCAAAGACACCAAAACAUCUCAAACCUGAACUUUCCAUCAUUUUGUUCUUAUCUUCUGGAGUUUCCAGGAUCUUUACUCAGUUCGUUUCUAAACAUUUUGACCAUAAACAUGUUUUAACUGAAUUCACUUUGCAUGAAAGAAAAAAUAAGAGCCAGCAAGAACAGGUGGGCCCAUGUGGUUUGAAGGGGGCAGAAGAUGUGGCCCUGAUUGGGUUUGUCCACGUUGACUUAAGUGAACACUCAGCGGGUUAGCUUGCUAUGCUAGCCAGACGCCUGGGGGACAGCAGAGCUCGUUAACUUCUACAGCGUAGAAGAGAAGCUCGCUAGCUUACUACAGCGGAGCUCGCUAGCCCUUUACAGAGGAGCUUGCCAGCUGGCUACAGCGGAGCUUGCUAGCUCGCUACAGAGAAGCUCGCUAGCUCGCUAAAGUGAAGCUCGCUAGCUUGCUACAGCAUAGCUCGCUAGCCCUUUACAGAGGAGCUUGCUAGCUCGCUAAAGAGAAGCUUGCUAGCUCGCUACAGAGAAGCUUGCUAGCUUACUACAGCUGAGCUAGCUAGAUACAGCUCAUCUUGCUAGCUUGAAACAGUAAAGCUUGCUAGCAUGCUACGCCAUCCACAGACUGGCUAGCCUUGCAAGCUAACCCACUGAACUCCCACUUCAGUCAAUGUGGGCAAACACCGGUGGGGCCCCUCACUUUUAAACCACAUGGGGCCCUCCUGGCCUAACUGACUGAGAACUUACAGGGAGACACGGUGGAGGUGGAGUCCUGAUAUGGGACUGAACUGAAUAGCAGUGUUAACGUUGUGGGACAAACUGAAGCCUCCACAGCAUCAUUUUAAAGCAGAAGAGCUGCUGUAGCGGUGCUGGAGUUGACCUCUGACUUCAGGAAGCAGAUCGUUCUUUUCUUCUGUUCGGGUUCAAGUAUCAUUUAAAAUCUUCACAGAAAAAUCUGUAAAAACGGAAUUCAUCAGGAGAACACAAACGUUUUUAUUUCUGAACAUAAUCUUAGGCCUGUUUCUAAAACCUUCAGAGCAGAGAUGUAGUUUGUGCACUAUAGUUGUGUGAUGUCUCAAUGAAAAUAAAUGCAGGUUUAUAGUUUGGUUGAAUGAUAAUAAAAUAAUAAAUAAAAAAUCAAUGUGC